GAACCAAGACUGGUCACGCCGACACUUUAAAACGACAAUAAUCUCUCUCUCUCCAUAUCCAUUGUACGCUUUCCACCAGGACCACCCCUCUCUCUCUCUCUCUCUCUCUCCCUGCCUCUCUCCCGACGGUUAUUCCUUCCAUCUUCAGAAACAGAGGGCAUGGGCUCCAAGCAAAAGCGUCUAAGGCCCAAACUCGAGCGCCGAAACGCUAUCAGGAACGUCGACUACUACGCGCCGCCGUCCCCUUCCUCGACAUUCGACCAUGACCAGUCUUCGUCGGCCUCCGGUCUCCGGUCUCGCUCUCUCGACCUCUACGCGAAACAAACUAGCUUCCGAGUCAGAGGCAUAGAAGGCGAAUUUGAACUCAUUUGCCGCUCUUUAGGGCUUUCCGGUCCCGACGACUUCUCUAUCCCUGCUGCCGCCUGGGAGGCCCAAAAGGCCCGCUCUUCCUCUGACCUCGCCUCCCGCUCUCGCCUCCGAGAUCACACCUCUUCCGCUAAACCGGCUCAACCGGAGCCCGAAGACGAUUUUUCAGCUGAAUUUCAAGCCAGGGUUAGACUCGGUGCGGAGUGCGCCAACGCCGCCAAGCAGAGUAGUUCGAGUUCGGCUAAACUCGAGAGCAGACUAAAGGUUAUUUCUGAUUCAGUUACCGUGGGGCCAAGUGGAGGAAUCAAGGGCUCCCGGCCUCCGUUCCUGAGUCCGCCGCCGGUGAUGAUGCGUCCAAUGGUGGAUAACGUGAGCUCCACUUGGGAUAUACUAAAUUCAUUUGCUCCUCGAGACGACGUCGUUUCCAAUCCCCCUAGUCGCGAUGUGGAUGUUAGCUUUUCGGAUGAAGACGAGGUAAUUGAAGAGAAUGGGAAGUCUAGUGGGGAAAUUGGCAAGAGGGAAGAGUCGGACGAGGAGACCGACUGUCGUUUCCAAAUUUGUUCUCCUAGAUCGGAUGAUAAUAGUAAUGCUAAUGAUGAUCACGAGGCUACUAUCCAUACAUCUAGCGUGAUUAUGGUGUAUACUAUUUCACCCAGUGGACAGUUCAGACGCUCCAUUACGUCGUGGCAAAAGGGUGAACUUCUGGGAAGUGGGUCUUUCGGAACCGUGUAUGAGGGCUUCACUGAAGAUGGCUUCUUUUUCGCUGUAAAGGAGGUUUCCUUGCUGGAUCAAGGAAGCCAGGGCAAGCAGAGCAUUUUCCAACUUGAGCAGGAGAUUUAUCUUCUAAGUCAAUUUCAGCAUGAUAAUAUAGUUCAGUAUCUCGGUACAGACAAGGAUGAAAGUAAGCUUUAUAUCUUCCUUGAGCUUGUAACAAAAGGCUCACUUGCAAGUCUUUACAAGAAGUAUCAGUUGAGGGAUUCUCAAGUCUCCGCUUACACAAGACAGAUCUUGAAUGGAUUGAUGUAUCUCCAUGAUCGGGAUGUGGUUCACAGGGAUAUAAAGUGCGCUAACAUAUUGGUGGAUGCAAGUGGAUCCGUAAAACUAGCAGAUUUUGGGUUGGCAAAGGCAACCAAAUUGAAUGAUGUCAAGUCUUCCAAAGGGACUGCAUUCUGGAUGGCCCCUGAGCAAUUGCAGGUUGUUAAUCUAAAAAACCACGGCUAUGGGCUUGCAGCUGAUAUAUGGAGCCUUGGAUGUACUGUUUUGGAGAUGUUGACUUGCCAGGCACCGUACUCUCACUUGGAAGGCAUGCAAGCACUAUUUAUGAUUGGCAGGGGUAAACCUCCUCCAGUUCGUGAUUCCUUAUCAAGAGAUGCCCGCGAUUUCAUCCUCAAAUGCUUACAAGUUAACCCCAAUGAUCGGCCUACUGCAGCUCAGCUAUUGGACCAUCCAUUUCUGAGAAGACCUCCUCUAAAUUCCAUUGGCCCUGCUUCUCCUCACUUUAGUGGCAUGCGGUCCUAAAAGCUUAUGAACAAUCAGUGAUGUUCUAGUUGAAUUGUCGGUAAUCCUGCCAGCCAACGCAGUU